AAAUACAAAUUUUCGUGGUGUAUCACUUAAUUUAACACGAAAAUUUGCUCUACAACUUUUAUCAGCUUUAUUAUUUCUCUCUCAACCAGAACUCAGUAUACUUCAUUGCGAUCUAAAACCAGAAAAUAUUCUCUUGGUUAAUCCUAAACGAUCCGCUAUUAAAAUUGUCGAUUUUGGUAGUUCAUGUCAAAUCGGUCAACGCCUUUACCAAUAUAUCCAAAGCAGAUUUUAUCGUUCACCAGAAGUAUUACUUGGAAUUCCAUAUGAUAUGGCUAUUGAUAUGUGGAGUCUUGGAUGUAUUCUUGUUGAAAUGCAUACAGGAGAACCAUUGUUUAGUGGAACAAAUGAGUUUGAUCAAAUGAUGAAAAUUGUUGAAGUACUCGGUAUGCCUCCGACGAAUAUUCUUGAACAAGGUACAAAAACAAAACGAUUUUUUGAUCAUCUUCCUGAUAACACAUGGGUACCACGAAAGAGUAAAGAAAGAAGGUAUCGAUCACCAGGUACACGUAAAUUACACGAUAUUCUUGGUGUUGAUGUCGGUGGACCAGGCGGUCGACGUGCUGGCGAAGCAAAUCAUUCCGUACCAGAUUAUGUUAAAUUUAAAGAACUUGUUCAACAAAUGCUUGAAUAUGAUCCUAAACGACGUAUAUUACCAUUUAAUGCAUUACAAUCGACUUUUUUCAAACGAACUUAUGAUGAUACAUCAAAUGUGAAUCAUACAAUCCCAACAACUAAUAAUAAUCUUAAUCUUAAUAAUACUAAUAACAACAACAACAACAACAAUAAUAAUAAUAAUACAUUAUUGAAUCUCAAUUCCAAUAGUUCGCCUAAUCUUGAUCCAAACCAUCAGCAAGUAAAAAUUCCAGGACGAAAAUCCAUGAUUACUACUAACCAUACAUUUUUAAAUGGUCUUCGUUAUCGGCAUUUAAUUGAAACAGUACAACCACCAAAUCUUUGGCAACCGACAGAUACAUUUAUGUCGGGUAUUCAAAGACCAUAUCCAGCUAAUAAUAAUAAUAAUAAUAAUAACAAUAAUAAUAUUUAUCCAAAUGAUUCAAUUGAUCUUGCUGCACCAAUACAAUUUCAAUCAACGAACAGCUUUUAUUCAUCUCAAAAAACUCUUACAUCACCGUCCGGAACAUCACUUCCACCAUUAUUUACAUAUGUUCAACCUAGUUUUAAUCAUCAUUUAUCAUCAAAUGUUGACGAUAAUUCUUUGCUCAUACCAAAUCCUAGUUUGACUUGA